AUGUCAUCACUUUUUUCCCAUAGGACACACGUGGAAGAUGGUGAAGAGGAGAUGUUAAUGGCAGAAGAUCGUGGGCCUGAUUUGAUUCAGUCUCAGGAUCUUAGGAGGCAAUGCAGCAUCAGCAGAAGCAGUUUAGCGUAUUAUCACUGCAAAGAGGAGGAAGGAGAACACCUGAUAGCCCAUGAGAGUUUGGAUUAUUUGCCUUCACACAGUAAAGUCUAUAAGAAGUGGCUACAAGAGAAAACGUACAGGAAAGAGUGGGAUCGAUGGCUGCUGAUGGGGCUAAUUGGAACAGCAGUUGGGAUGCUGGGGUUUUUGAUUCAUCAGAUAAUUGACUUUCUCAUCGAAUUGAAAUGGGACCUGGUGGAAAAUUACCUGCAGGAUGGCAACAUCCACAUGACCUGGCUGUGCGCGCUUGGGUCUGGGCUGGCCAUGGUGGUCGUCUCUUCAGGCUCAAUGCUGUUCUUUUGCCCAGCAGGUUCACCGUUUGGCUUGCCAGAAAUCAUUGGGUAUUUGAAUGGCACUUCUAUUCAACAUCUUUUUAACAUCAAGACCUUUUUAGGGACGUUUGUUUCAUGCGUGCUGGCUGUAGCCUCUGGGCUCUUCUGCGGGCCAGAAGGUCCCAUGAUCCAUUUGGGUGCUCUCCUGGGUUGUGGCCUGAGCCAGCUGCAGUUGGACACCCUUGGCCUCCGGCUCCCGAUCUUCACCAGGUUUCGGAAUUCAGCUGAUAAGCGCAGUUUCAUUACGGCUGGUGCGGGAGCCGGGAUAGCUUCGGUAUUUCGUGCCCCCAUCGGCGGGCUCUUGUUCACGUUAGAAGAAGUGUCUUCGUUCUGGGACAUCAGGCUAGCCUGGCAAACCUUCUUCUGCUGCUUGAUGGCUACCUUCACCACGGAUUUACUGUCCUCUUCUCUCUAUGGGUUUGUUUACAGAGGUCAUUUUGGAUUUUUUGAAGCAGAGAAAAGAAUUAUAUUUUGGGUUAAGAACUUGCUGGACAUGAACAUCUUGGCCUUUGUUCCGACUAUCCUCCUUGGAAUGCUUGGAGGUCUUCUGGGAGCUCUCUUUGUUUCCCUAAAUAUAAAGAUUAAUAAAUUACGUAUGCAGUUCUUCAAUUCAAUUCCAAAAUUAUCCCUUAGAAAAACAAGCAAGCUGUUGGAAACUGUGAUCAUCCUUGUAUGUACGACGACUGUUACAGUAUACUUACCGUAUUUCUUUCCGUGCACCCCAGUCAUGAACGUGAGAAGCUACUCGCUGAGAAACAACUCAGAAAUCAUAAAUCAGUUCAAGAGGGAAAUUUCAGAAUAUAGCUGUUCAUCAAGCACAUGGAUUGGUCCAGAUGGAGUCAGAUAUUCUAAUCAAACCUUCAAUCAAGCUGCUGCACUUCUAGUUGAAAAUGGGAAGCGAGGGAUCACGUAUCUUUUUAAACGUGGGACUCAUGAAGAAUUCGGAUAUACAUCCCUCUGCACUGCUUUGGCAUUUUAUUUCAUCCUCAGCUGUUGGACGGCAGGUUCUGCUGUUGCCAGUGGCCUGGUUAUUCCUAUGCUGUACACAGGAGCUUUGUAUGGCAGGAUAAUUGGUUUGAUCCUUGUUUCCAUUUUUGGUGUUCAAACUAAUGAAUAUGGAGCAUGGAUUGAUCCAGGUCUCUUUGCUGCAAUUGGAGCUGCCUCCUUUUUCAGUGGUGUGUCAAGACUAACCAUCUCCCUCACUGUGAUAAUGGUGGAGAUCACAAAUGAUGUCCAGUCCUUGCUACUGAUAAUGCUGGCUGUCAUGGUGGCCAAGAUGGUUGGUGACUUGUUCAACGCAUCCCUGUACAGUUCCCUCCUGAAGCUGAAAUGCAUUCCCUACUUGGAUGUGGAACCUUUUGUUCGUCACAGGAGAAAAUGGUUGAACCUGGAAUUGUUCUCUGCCAAGGAUGUCAUGGAGCCUGGCGUCAGAGUCCUUCACCUGAAGGAAAACAUUGCCUCCUUGGCUUGGCUUCUUACAAGUACAAGCCAUGGUGGAUUCCCAGUGGUUUGGAGGCCCAAGCCAGACCAUGCAGAGGUGUUCCAGGGAACUAUUAAAAGGUUAGAGCUGUGCAUGCUGCUGGAGGAUGAGCACAUCUUUGAACCAGAGACAAAUGAUGAGUCUUUCUCCUCCUCUCAUCCUCUCCCUUAUGAGAAGAUAACAGUGGAGAAGCUGCCCAAUCUGUCGCGCCUAACCAUGCUGCUGAAUCGCUACACUACAGAUCCCCGGUAUCAGCAACUCUUCAUCAAUCUGGAGCCAUACAUAAACAAAUCUGCAAUGUCAGUCCAAGCUCAUUUCUCGCUGCAACGCACCUACAUCAUCUUUCGCACCCUGGGGCUACGCCACCUCACUGUUGUUGACCAGCAGAACCAAGUGGUUGGGGUGAUCACCAGGAAGGACCUGAUGCCUUUCCCACUGGAGGACAGGCUCAGGCUCCAGUUGGCACCACAGAGCCCUGAUGCAGGAAAAAAUAAUCAGAUCUUUUCCACUUGA